AUGUCGUCUACUACUGCUGCUGCUGCUCGUCAGACCACCUGGCUCAUCACCGGAGCCUCGCGCGGGAUCGGCCUCGAGCUCGUCCGGCAGCUCCUCGCCGCCCCCUCCAACCUCGUCAUCGCCGCGUGCCGCGCCCCCUCCACGGCGUCCGCGCUCGCAGACCUGAAGGCGGGCGCGAAGGGCGCGCUGCACGUCGUGCAGCUCGACGUGGCGGACUUCGCGGGCAUCCGCGCGCUGCCUGGGGUUAUUGCGCCGAUCCUUGCAGGGCGGGGGCUCGAUUACCUGGUUAACAACGCGGGCAUCCUGAAGGGCGACACCGCGCUGACGCUCGACGCCGCCGUCCUCCUCGAGACGCUGCGCACGAACACCGUCGGGCCCGCGCUGCUCACGGCCGCGUGCGCGCCGCUGCUCGACGCCGGGGGCAGGAAGACGGUGCUGAACGUGAGCAGCGGGCUGGGGAGCAUUGCGGGCGCGGGCGGGUUCCCGGGGACGGGCCCGCGCGCGGUCGCGAGCUACUCGAUGAGCAAGGCGGCGCUGAAUAUGUUUACGUAUAAGCUGAAGAUGGAGAAGCCGGAGUGGGUCGCGAUCACGCUGGCCCCGGGGUGGGUCAAGACUGAUUUGGGCGGGGCGGACGCGGCGCUCGAGGUCGCGGACAGCGUCAGGGGGAUCCUGAAAGUGGUCACGGAGGCGACGGUCGCGGAUAGCGGGAAGUACCUGCGGUGGGACGGGGCGGUGCUCCCGUGGUGA